AUGUCAAUUGUGCGAUAUGCUUCGUAUACUUUGACAUUAGCGAAUGCUUAUGCUCAAUCUAGAUCGCCCUCUUCACCCCAGGCGCGAUUCCCACUUCCAUCCCCGUCUCGUGUGACCCCCUCCACGCCCAAACAAGCAUCCAAACCUCAUUCUCCAUCCCGUGCUGGUGCCACUCCUCCUUCUCCCAAGAGGAAACAGCCGGCUUCCCCCUCAAAAGCUUUGGAAAACCCUACUGAAAAGUUCUCUACUUCAGAUGAAGCCCCCAUUUUAGCUUCAAAAGAGAAUGAUCCAAAGCCUGCAGCAUCUCAACAAAAAGCAGAGGUGAAGGAAGAGAUUAAACCUGAUAGCGCUGUAGUAGCCAAUGUUCAAACUCAGGAGGGGACGAGCUUUAAGCAUGAUGACGUGGAGGAAAAGCCUUCUCAACCAUCGCAACUUGAUCAUGCGGUGCCACCUGCUAAAGGCCCAGAGACACAUGAAAUGAGCAAGAGCGUGGACUCUUUCGUUGUCAAUGAUGGUGGAGAUGCACCCGACAUCAAAUUGGAUGCAAAGCGUGAAGACGUGAAGGAAGUAGUGGAAGCAACAAAAACUGAUGAGAAAAAGAAGGAAGUCGAUGAUUCUGUUGCUCCAAAGUCAACCUCUGAAGCACAAAUUGUUAAAAAUGCUGAAAUUCCCAGUGAAGAAGAUCAGAUCCACAGAGAGAAGCACGAGGCCCCCGACGUGAAGGAGAUUUUAGCAACACCAGGUUACGUUACAGCCUCUCAACCGGUGAAAAUAGAGGAGCAUCGAUGCAUAUGUGGCCUCAUACUACAAAAGGAGAAGUGCCAAUUCACAUACAUCGGAGCUACAAGAGCAACCCCCCGAUCAAAGUCCUCAAGCAACCACCGACAGAGAGGAAAUCUCCAAAGGGGAAAAGUCAGAUGA